ACAUUUCUGGACUUCUCGUUACCGUGCAAACGCCGUUCCACGCUCAGUUUCGUCUGCAAAUCGUGCAACGUCAGACGGUAUUGGACAGGCAGCCCUGCUUCCAGUGGGGUCAGAUCACCCCGUAAGUGGACAGGACAAGCUACACAAUGGCGGUGUCCAGGACUCUCGUCCUGUUAGCAGCAGUAGUCGCCACCGUCACUGCAGGAUCAGUUCCGACGUGUCAAGUGUUCCAGACCAAAAAGAGCAAAGACUUACAGUGGUUUCCAGGCCCUCUUCCGUCGUCAUAUUUUCGAUUCAACUUCAGAGUUGCUGCAGUUGGUGACGUGAAGAUUGUACUCUCAGACGGCAAGGGUCGCAGAAGUGACCGAGUCACCAUCCUUCUUGGUGACAAGCAAAAUUCCCAGUCUUCCAUCAGACGUAGGCGUCAGGCGUCAAAGGAGAUCCAGUCCACUGCAAAUGAAUUAAUUUGUGGAGAAUACAACAGCUACUGGGUGCAGUUUGAGCCAAGAUCCGUCAAGGUGGGACGAGGUAGCGAGAGGGCUGAGUUUAUGAAGCUUGAUUUCAACAAACCACUGACCCCCAAAUUCUUGGGAUUUGGAACAAGCAAAAAGAACGUGGGCCUCUUCACCUUUGAUGAUAUUGAGAAUCAGCAGGUUGAUCCGUGUCUGCGCUCCCCUUGCGUUCACGGAACCUGUCGCCCACUGUCCGAUGGCUUCGAGUGUGACUGCUCAGAUGGAUAUCGUGGACAAUACUGCGAAUUAAAACAAGAGCCUGAAGUGAUUUCUCUCCCCCCUGAGAAAGAAGUAUCAUGUUCGAAGGUGAGGUGCAGAAAAGCUUGCCCAAACGGCUUCGAAAAGGACGAACGAGGAUGUAUGACUUGCAUAUGCAAACCACGCAUGCGUUUCGGUGAAUGUCCAGAGGUGUCAGCUAAAACGUCCGUGGUUGGAAUUUGUGUUAACGAGUGUUCAGAUGACGAGAGUUGUCCUGACGGGAGGAUGAAAUGCUGCUCCAAUGGCUGUGGUCGUGUUUGCAGAGAACCUUGCAAGCCAGUUUUCUGCAGACUUGGUUGUAAGAAUGGAUUCGCGAGCAAUAAUGAAGGAUGCAAGAUUUGUGCUUGCAAAGACGAUGACAGUGGACUGCCAGAUCCUCUGCUACCUGACCUGGGCUUGCCAGGUAACCCAGAGCCCGAGGAGGAGGAGCAGAUAGAAGAGCCGAAGAUUGUCGAAUGUUUUGGUGACACCAAGGAGGUGACAGUUACCGAAGAUGUAGACACCAGUGUCACCCAGGAAUUCGAGAUUGAAAAGGAGGACCCUUCCGACGUCAUCUUCCAUUCGGACGGUGGGAAGCUAAUCAAAAUAGAGGUGGAGAAGAAAGAUAUAUGCAUCCUGAACUCCCGUGGAUUGAAACUGAAAUAUGCACAGCUACCGCAGUGGGCUUGGCAACUGAAAACAGUGCAGAUAACCGUACGAUUUGUCACCACUGGCUUCAACGUCUUCCUUAAAUCCUUGUCAGAAGACAUGCCAAUAGUUGAGUACAGAAAGCCUGACAGAAAGGCGUUCACGUGCAAAUCGAUUGGAUUUCUGUCCAAAGGGAAGAGAAAAUCCAGGCUGAAAUACCUGAAACGACGAUUCAGACUGGGCAAACGAGGAAAGAAGCGCUUCAGGAAACCCAUCAAGAAGUACAAAGGAAAGAAACGCCCAAAGAAGCCUAAGACUAGAGGCAAGUCGCGAUCGAUCAGCUUCUCCUUUUCCAUCUCCAAGAAUAGAAAAGGCAAGAAACACUACAAGAAACUCAAGUCUAAAGGUGGCAGAUCGAGGAGCUUCUCGUUUUCCAUCUCCACGAAUGGAAAAGGCAAGAAACACCUCAAGAAACUCAAGUCUAAAGGUGGCAGAUCGAGGAGCUUCUCGUUUUCCAUCUCCAGGAAUGGAAAAGGCAAGAAACACCUCAAGAAACUGAAAACUAAAGCUGGCAGAUCGAGGAGUUUCUCGUUUUCCAUCUCCACGAAUGGAAAAGGCAAGAAACACCUCAAGAAACUCAAGUCUAAAGGUGGCAGAUCGAGGAGCUUCUCGUUUUCCAUCUCCAGGAAUGGAAAAGGCAAGAAACACAACAAGAAACUGAAAUCUAAAGGUGGCAGAUCGAGGAGCUUCUCGUUUUCCAUCUCCACGAAUGGAAAAGGCAAGAAACACUACAAGAAACUGAAAUCUAAAGGUGGCAGAUCGAGGAGCUUCUCGUUUUCCAUCUCCAGGAAUGGAAAAGGCAAGAAACACAACAAGAAACUGAAAUCUAAAGGAAAGAAACACCAGAAGAAAAAUGGAUCUCAAGGCAAUGGCGGCGGCAGAGAGAUCAUAAUUGAGACCAAGGAAGAGACAGAGAGGAAGACAAUCACCUUAAAGCCGGGCCAGUUCCAGGAGGUUGAGGGAAUUGCUGGCUACGAGACAAGUGUCAGUUUUGCAUUGGACCCCGAGGACGGCAUAAUAUUCCGCUUGACUGAGCAAAGGGGCUCGGACAAGGGAAGGACGUUGUCGUUUGUCAUAGAGAAGGAGUGGAGUUACAUGCAGUAUGACGGCCAGAUCCUAGGUGAGAAAGUGGCAACCCGCAGCGGCAUCCUCAACAGUGGUAGAAAGUCAUUCUGGAUCAAGCUACCAGCCUGCACCAGUGAAGAGUUCUGGUUCGAAUUUGGUAUCAAGGGUGAAGCCAGCGAACUUUUGAGAGGGAAGAUUCCCGACGUCUUGUUUAGGCCAAAAUACAUCGAUGUAUCUGUCACCGUUACGCACAUCGAGGAACAAGUGGUGGAAAUACACUACCCAAACUGGAUACCCCUCGGGGGAGUGGAAAACAAGAACUACAAGUUUCAAGUGACCUCCACUGAAGUUGCUCUGGUGGCCAUACAGUCAAGUGAUGAGGCAGAGGGACAGAUCAUCGCAGAAUUCGGCUGUCCUAAGAAUCCCGGUUGUCGGAUCCAGAGGUGCGACGACAAAGAAGCCACGAAAUGUAAAACCCUCGUGGAGCCUGCCGACCAGUCUAUCUGCCGAGGGCUUGCCGAGGACCGAAAGCUGUGGGUGAAACUUGUCGGUGAGAAACUCAUCAUGGGGCUUGAUAAUGAGGGCGUCCAGCAGGUCGUGGCUGAGUGCGAGGAUAGCUGGAUUAGCCAGUCGAGACUGUUAGCAAUUGGAACAAGAGGCCAUGGCAAGUGGACGACGUAUUAGACAAAACAACCAGCGCAAUGGAAAGAUUUCCACAUCAUCAAGAUAUCAUUUACGAGUUGUAUUUCCUGCAUUAAAGGAUGCUACGAGAAAAGGGUGUGACAAAGAUUGUAAUUGGUAUUUUUCCUUGUUUUUUAGGUUUAGGGUCAGAGAGUUACUUUGUGGAAGAUUUUGGCAUUGCAGUAAAAUCUAUUCAGUGGGGGAGGUAUGCUUGACUUAUAUUUAAACUUCAUUCUCGAACUUGAUGAGGAUAUUUACAUUGUCGUUAUUUAUAAUGAACUUAUCAAAUGUCAGUAAAAUUUAGAUGUACAAUGUUCUUAUUGGGUAAGCCAAAAUUGUGAUAUUCAAACCAUGAAAGGAAGUUAUGAGGACUGUUCUUUUCAACCAUUGUCCUUACCAAGAACAAUUUACAAGUCAAAUCUAGAGCUUAUGUGGCGAUGUUACCAUGACAAGUUCAGUUUCAAGAUACAUUCGUAGGAUCUUUACACAUAUUUUUAUCUAAUGAAAGCAAAAAGGAAAAUUCCCAGAGGUUGGACCCCGGGAAGCUAAUGCAAAGAUUGGUCUCAUAAACAAAACUUCAUCCCUAUCAAGCAAUAAUAAAAUAACUUAAUGAAUGAUGCAAGAGGGCAAGGAAUUCAUAAUGAACAUACGUUGUGGCGGGAAACCGUCGAUGCAGUCAGCAGAUUUGAGGUUUAGCGGGCCCAACUGGAGGGAGAUAUUUGGUUUGGGUAAAAUCUUUCGUUUUUGCUCAAAAUUUACCAUUCGGAGAUAACCAUUGUUUUGGCGCAUUUGUAUGAUCCGCUGUCCGUCGUUGUGUCAAUCUUUUUCAAAAUCACAAUUAUACUAUGCGGCUUUUACAGUGAAAUUUACCCAUUUCAAAUAGCGUCCGAUUGUGUCCAGCAUGCUCCUAGAUGGCUAAUGGCACGAGCUUCAAGAGAGAAUUAUGAAAAGCAAAAGUUUCAUUUUGUCGAAAUUUUUUCUUCAAUUUGGGUUUUCUUUAAUGGUUUUUUUAGCUUUCGUUAUUUUUCCAAAUUCAUAGUCCAUGAAUACAUAUAGGCCUACUCCACAGUUUCACAGUCAAGCUGCCUAAAAGUAUAGAUAGUUCACAGUCAACAAGAGAUUGAUAUGACAAAAUGAGCAUUCAUUAUUACUCUAUUAUAAUAUUAUCCCAUUAUGUUCCGUACAAAGUCGUUUUAUGUCUUCAUGAUGUAAAUUAAUAGGCGUAUGAUUAUUCAAGAGUCAACACUUCCAGCGGUUUGCUUUGGGACUUCAGUUCGUUUUAAUGUCAAAUUAUUUCAUAUAAACAAUACUUAAACAGACCAUCACUGGGAGAAAAUGAAAUUAAAACAACCCCAAAUUGAACUUUGCGUGUUAAAGGUUCAGUCCAACUCCAACAUUUGCAGGUAUCCUUACGAAAGUAUUAUUGAAAAGCAAACUAGGUGUAAAGAUGGUUAUGAGACUAGACACCCUUUAAAUUAUUCUAUUUGGCAUUUUCGACAUCAUGGGAUAUCGUCUUUCGUUGAAUAUACAGGAUUAAAUGAGAUUAACUUCAUCAGGUUCGUUCUUAGGAAACCCAUGUUUAAUUUAAAUCUUGAGUUUGGUUGUUUCCUCAGAGGAAUAUAAUGCAGAAAUGGCAAAUGAUAGACUACAUCUUUAGCACGAUUCAAAAAUAGCAGUGCUUUGUUUAAUGACCACUCAUAAUGUAACUUUGUGAACGUUUCCCCAUACUGACAGUAAUAGUUUUCGAGAUUUGAUGAAAUGCAUUAUAUUUUAUAUAAUGUAUGCUUGGUUGGCCGUUCUCAUAAAAGCAAAAUUUUAUUUAAAUUUCAUUCAGACAACAGUUGAUUUUUUUUCAUGGGGCAAUUCAUGAUCCUGGAAUUAACACAACAUUAUCCUGUUUUACAUACUGAACUUUGUUUGAUUAGCUUAAACAAUAUUUAAACUGUAUUGUCUUAAUUUUGGUGUUGGACUUAGCCGUUUAUUUGAAUUAGGUGUUGAAGGGACAAAUUAAAUUACUCAAGCAUUCA